CGUACUGGUCCCUGCUUUAGCCAAGUAAAUAACCAAAUGUGCCAGGGCCAACUCAGUGGGAUCGUAUGCACCAAGACCAUGUGUUGUGCCACCAUUGGACGGGCCUGGGGUCACCCAUGUGAGAUGUGCCCUGCCCAGCCUCACCCCUGCCGCCGAGGUUUCAUUCCCAACAUUCGUACUGGAGCCUGCCAAGAUGUGGAUGAAUGUCAAGCCAUUCCUGGCCUCUGUCAAGGUGGUAACUGCAUCAACACAGUGGGUUCUUACGAGUGCAAAUGCCCUGCGGGACACAAGCAAAGCGAGACCAGCCACAGAUGUGAAGAUGUGGAUGAGUGUGGCGCAAUCUCUGGCGUGUGUGAUGGUGGCGAGUGCACCAACACAGCAGGCAGCUAUGUGUGCACAUGUCCACGUGGCUUCAUGACCAGCCCUGAUGGAUCACGCUGCAUUGACCAGCGAAUUGGGACAUGUUUCUCUGCUCUGAUCGGGGGCCGCUGUGCCGGGGACCUUCCUGGACAGUACACGAAGAUGCAGUGCUGCUGUGACUCAGGGCGUUGCUGGGCCAUUGGUCAGACUCCGGAGAUGUGCCCUGUCCGGGGUUCUGAUGAGUACCGCAGGCUUUGCAUCGAAGGACUCCCAGUCGUGCCAGGGUUCCCUGGGAACUUUCCAGGAAUUCCUGGAUUCGGGCCCAAUGGUGUUGGGCCAGGACUCAAUGGGCCUGGAGGCAUCGGACCAAAUGGGGCAAAUGGACAAGGCGGGAUCCCAGGUCUGCCUGGAAUGGGCCCAGGAAGUUCAAGCAUUGGAACCGCCACUUUGAAUCAGACCAUUGACAUCUGCAAGCAUUUCACUAACCUCUGCCUGAAUGGACGCUGCAUCCCCACCCCAUCCAGCUAUCGCUGUGAGUGCAACAUGGGGUACAAGCAGGACGUGCGCGGAGAGUGCAUUGAUGUGGAUGAGUGCUCCAGCAGCCCCUGCGUGCAUGGUGACUGCGUGAACACCCCUGGCUCCUACCACUGCAAAUGCCACGAAGGUUUCCAGAGCACCCCCACAAAGCAGGCUUGCAUUGAUAUUGAUGAGUGCAUCAUGAACGGAGUGAUGUGUAGGAACGGCCGCUGUGUUAACACUGAUGGCAGCUUCCAGUGCAUCUGCAAUGCUGGCUUUGAAAUUACCCCUGAUGGCAAGAACUGUGUUGAUCAUGAUGAAUGUGCCACGACUAACAUGUGCCUCAACGGGAUGUGUAUCAAUGAGGACGGCAGCUUCAAAUGUAUCUGCAAGCCUGGUUUUGUGCUGGCUCCCAAUGGGCGGUACUGUGUCGACAUUGACGAGUGUGAGACGCCAGGAAUCUGUAUGAAUGGCUGGUGCAUUAAUACAGAGGGCUCCUUCCGCUGCGAGUGCCUCGGGGGCCUGGCUAUCGGGGUGGAUGGACGAGUCUGCGUGGACACCCAUAUGCGCAGCACCUGCUAUGGAGGCAUUAAAAAGGGCACGUGCGCGCGUCCCUUUCCAGGAGCAGUCACCAAGUCCGAGUGCUGCUGUGCUAACCCAGACCAUGGCUUCGGAGAGCCCUGCCAACCCUGUCCAGCCAAAAACUCUGCUGAAUUCCAGGCACUCUGCAGUAGCGGCAUUGGAAUAACAGCUGAUGGCAGAGACAUCAAUGAAUGUGCCCUCAACCCAGACAUCUGCCCCAAUGGCAUGUGCGAGAACCUGCGUGGAAGCUACCGCUGUAUCUGCAACCUGGGCUACGAGUCAGAUCCCACGGGCAAAAACUGUGUGGAUGUUGAUGAAUGCACUGUCAAUCGUUUGCUGUGUGACAAUGGACUGUGCCGCAACACACCCGGCAGCUACACCUGCACCUGCCCCAAGGGCUUUGUCUUCAGGACGGAGACAGAUACCUGUGAAGAUAUCAAUGAGUGCACCUCUAACCCUUGUGUGAACGGUGUCUGCAGGAACAAUGCUGGCUCCUUCGCUUGCGAGUGCUCCCCAGGCAGCAAGCUGGACCCCAGUGGCACCAUCUGCGUGGACAGCAUGAAAGGGACAUGCUGGCUUAACAUCCAGGAUGGGCGUUGCGAGGUGAACAUCAACGGAGCUACGCUGAAAUCAGAGUGCUGUGCUACGCUGGGGGCAGCGUGGGGCAGUCCCUGUGAGCGCUGUGAGAUUGAUACUGCCUGUCCCCGGGGAUAUGCUAGGAUGAAGGGGGUCACGUGUGAAGAUGUGAAUGAGUGCGAGGUCUUCCCUGGCGUCUGCCCAAAUGGACGCUGUGUGAACACGGCUGGCUCCUUUCGGUGCGAGUGUCCAGAAGGACUGACCCUUGACGGCACUGCUAGGACAUGUGUGGACGUGCGUGUGGAACAGUGCUACAUGAAGUGGGAUGAAGAUGAGUGCACGGAGCCUCUGCCAGGCAAGUACCGGAUCGACAUGUGCUGCUGUUCUGUGGGCUCAGCCUGGGGCAUCGAUUGUGAAGAAUGUCCCAAGAUCGGCUCCAGUGAGUACAAGGCCAUCUGCCCGAGGGGACCCGGCUUUGCCAAUCGAGGAGACGUGCUUUCAGGAAGGCCCUUCUACAAAGAUGUGAAUGAAUGUAAGGUCUUCUCUGGCCUGUGCACUCAUGGGACCUGUCGAAACACCAUUGGCAGCUUCAGGUGUCUCUGUGGCAACGGCUUUGCUUUGGAUGCUGAGGAAAGGAACUGCACAGACAUCGAUGAAUGCCGCAUCUCACCAGACCUGUGUGGCCAUGGCACCUGUGUCAACACGCCAGGCAGCUUCGAGUGCGAGUGCUUCGAAGGCUACGAGAGUGGCUUCAUGAUGAUGAAGAACUGCAUGGAUAUCAAUGAGUGUGAGCGGGACCCACUGCUGUGCCGAGGUGGGAUCUGCAUGAACACAGAUGGCAGCUUUGAAUGCAUCUGCCCCCCUGGACAUGAGCUGACUUCUGAAGGGAACACUUGCAUUGAUAUCAACGAAUGCUCUCUUAGUGACAACCUGUGUCGCAACGGACGCUGUGUCAACGUCAUUGGUACCUACCAGUGCGCCUGUGAUUCAGGCUUCCAGGCCACACUGGACAGGCAGGGCUGUGUCGACAUUGAUGAGUGCACCAUAACCAACGGCGGCUGUGACACACACUGCUCCAACUCAGAGGGCAGCUAUGAAUGCAGCUGCAGUGAAGGCUACGCAUUGAUGCCAGACAAGAGAUCAUGUGCAGAUAUUGAUGAAUGUGAGGAUAAUCCAGACAUCUGUGAUGGUGGGCAGUGCACUAAUAUCCCUGGGGAGUACCGGUGCCUCUGCUUCGAUGGCUUCAUGGCAUCCCUGGACAUGAAGACCUGUAUUGAUGUGAAUGAAUGUGAUCUCAACCCUAACAUCUGCCUGCAUGGCGAGUGUGAAAACACGAAGGGCUCCUUCAUCUGUCACUGCCAGCUGGGCUACUUCGUCAAGAAAGGAACCACAGGCUGCACAGACAUUGAUGAAUGUGAGAUUGGGGCUCACAACUGUGACAUGCAUGCCUCCUGCAUCAACGUGCCCGGGAGCUUCAAAUGCAAGUGUCGCACAGGCUGGCUUGGAGAUGGGCUGAAGUGCAACGAUCUGGACGAGUGUGCAACUGAAGAGCACAAGUGCAACCUGAAUGCCAACUGCGUCAACACACCAGGCUCCUACCGCUGUGCCUGCCGAGAAGGCUUCAACGGGGAUGGAUUCUCCUGCUCAGAUGUGGACGAGUGUGCGGACAAUGUGAACCUGUGUGAGAAUGGACAGUGUCUUAAUGCACCUGGGGGUUACCGCUGUGAGUGUGAGAUGGGCUUCAAUCCCACAGAGGACAGCAAGGCCUGCCAGGACAUUGAUGAAUGCACCUUCCAGAAUAUCUGUGUCUUUGGGACCUGCCAGAACCUGCCUGGGAUGUUCCGCUGCGCCUGUGAUGAUGGCUAUGAACUGGACAGGAGUGGAGGCAACUGCACAGACAUCAAUGAAUGUGCAGACCCUGUGAACUGUAUCAACGGCCUGUGUGUUAACACCCCUGGCAGCUACUUGUGCAACUGUCCACAGGACUUUGAGCUGAAUCCCACUGGUGUGGGCUGUGUGGAUACCCGUGUUGGGAACUGCUUCCUGGACACCCAGGAUCGAGGAGAUGGGGGGAUCUCCUGCAGUGCAGAAAUUGGAGUUGGGGUCACUCGGGCAUCCUGCUGCUGCUCGCUGGGUCGUGCAUGGGGCAACCCCUGCGAGCUUUGUCCUCCAGCCAACACAACCGAGUACAAGACCUUGUGCCCUGGAGGAGAAGGUUUCCGGCCCAACCCCAUCACUGUCAUCCUGGAAGAUAUCGACGAGUGCCAGGAGCUGCCGGGCCUCUGCCAAGGCGGCAACUGUGUGAACACUUUUGGCAGUUUCCAGUGUGAAUGCCCCCUUGGCUACUACCUCAAUGAGGACACACGCAUCUGUGAAGAUAUUGAUGAGUGCUCUGCUCACAUUGGGAUCUGCGGCCCUGGGACCUGCUACAACACCCUCGGCAACUACACCUGCGUGUGCCCCCCUGAGUACAUGCAAGUCAAUGGAGGAAAUAACUGCAUGGGUACGGCAUGGUCUAAAUCUAGCGUGUGCUAUCGCAACUACAAUGACACGUGUGAGAACGAGCUCUCCUUCAACAUGACCAAGAAGAUGUGCUGCUGCUCCUACAACAUUGGCAAGGCCUGGAACAAGCCAUGCGAGCCCUGCCCCACACCAGCCAGCCCUGAGUACCAGAUCCUGUGUGGGAAUCAGGCCCCUGGCUUUAUCAUCGACAUCCACACAGGAAAGCCGAUUGAUAUUGAUGAGUGCAGUGAGAUCCCAGCUAUCUGCACGAACGGUGUCUGCAUCAACCAAAUUGGCAGCUUCAGGUGUGAGUGUCCCAUUGGAUUCAGCUACAACAACAUCCUGCUCAUCUGCGAAGACAUUGAUGAAUGCAGCAGUGGGGAGAACCUCUGCCAGCGCAAUGCCGACUGCAUCAACAUCCCGGGCAGUUACAGGUGCGAAUGCUCAACUGGAUACAAGCUGUCGCCUAGCGGAGCCUGCGUGGGUCGCAACGAAUGCCAGGAGAUCCCCAAUGUCUGCAGCCACGGGGACUGUGUUGACACCGAAGGCAGCUACGUCUGCAUCUGCCACAACGGCUUCAAGGCCACGGGGGAGCAGACCAUGUGCAUGGAUAUUGAUGAGUGUGACCGACAGCCCUGUGGAAAUGGGACCUGCAAGAACACAGUUGGCUCCUACAAUUGCCUCUGCUUCCCUGGCUUUGAGCUAACACACAAUAAUGACUGCAUGGACAUUGAUGAGUGUUCAUCCCUGGUGGGGCAGGUGUGUCGAAACGGCCAGUGCAUCAACAGCAUCGGUUCCUUCCAGUGCCUGUGCCAAGAGGGGUAUGACCGGACCCCUGAUGGGAAGAACUGUGUAGACAUCAACGAGUGUGUGAGCCUGCCUGGGACCUGCUCCCCGGGCGCCUGCCAGAACCUGGAGGGCUCCUUCCGCUGUAUCUGCCCCCCUGGGUACGAGGUGCAGAACGACAACUGCAUUG